CUUGGCUAAGACGCAGUAUUGCUAUGGAUAUGACGAUACUUUGAUGAGAAACGUCGAGGCAUUACAUUUGACAUCUACCAUGUUUUUCUUGGAAACGACAUCUGCUUCCGCCGGAGAUGCGAGAGAAGAAUCAUCGUUCGAUUCCGAGACGAGUUUAUCCCUUACGGCUCUCACCGUAGAAGAUGCGAUUUAUAAAGGAGAAGGAAACGCCAAUAUCGUUGUCGCCCUACCACACGAGCGCACGGUAAUACGAUUCCGGAAGUCAUUACCAGGCGAGGUUUCACCGGAUGGCGGCAGAACACGCGUGCAGCGAGAGGUGGGGUACGCCAGGAACGUGGUUUCCUGUUUUUUGGGCUCUUACGUGCAGAUCCCCGAAAUUGUUCGUUACGAUGCGGCCGAUAUAGCCAAAUUGUCGGAUGCCGUCCGCCCUCUCCGACCAGAGGUACGCCGGUAUAAGGAAAUCACGGACACGUACGCCACGAAGUUUCCUGAUUAUACGCUUUUGGACUUGCAAAUGGAACUUGAUCAAACCGUCUUCCGAAGCCGCUCAACAUUUUGCGUGGAGAUAAAGCCGAAGCAGGGAUAUUUACGAGAGGCGGAGCAAAAGUUUCCUGGAUGUCCGUAUUGUCUCAACCAGUACGCCAAGUUGAGGAGGAAAGACAUUGCUUCUCCCAGCAAUUAUUGCCCGUUUGAUCUGUUCUCUGGAAAGAAGUCGCGCAUGAAAGCCGCCAUGAAGGAGCUUCUGAAAUCGCCACAAAACAAUUUGAAAAUCUUCAAAGACGGCUUCGUCCUCUACAAUCAAACGUCCUCGCCGAACGAUCUCGAGAACGUGCUGGACGAGUGGUUUCGGAAUGCAGAGAGCGGCGGACGAGCUCGCCACGUCGACGAGUUCUGCAAUUUGGUUUGCACCGCCCUUAUGCGGCCUAUCGCCCAAGAGCAGCUGAAACUGCCUACCACCUCUCUUUCACGUAAUUUUCUUGUACUCGCGAAUCAAGUUCCAACGACAUUUUGUAUCGCGCCAGACGCAAUUGCGAGAGUCGAACGGUGCCUUCGCCUCGUGGGAAAGAAGUGCAAUUUUGAUCACAGUGAGUUGCCGAAGAACUCCGUGUUAGAACGAAUAUGGAAUAUGCAGCGAUUGUCCUACGUCAAUACCAAUUAUAUUUACAGCGUUUACUCCAAUUUCACAUCCGUAUUAAAUGAUGAUAUGAUAUAUUCUGACUUGAUAAAAUUAAACAAAACUUGUAAUGUUUUUCACGCUUUACUCGGAAAUCCUAUGAAUGCAGUUCAGAAAACGGAAAUCAUGAAGGAAACAGACUUUCAAACGUUUCUUAAGAGUACUAUUGUACAAAAACAUGAUGACGAUUUUAAUAGAAAUUGUAAUGCUAGUUCAGAAUGUGUUUUAUCUACUAAUACUGGCAGAGUACUUAUGAAUGGUGAUCCUGUAUCGCAAACAGAAAUUAGUUCCAACCUAGAUUCGCACCAAUCAUUUUAUGGAAACAAGAGUCUGCAUAAUCAAAGAACUAGUAAUGAUGACGAACGAAAGGCAAAUGUGCAGAUUACCGCCGAACAUUUGUCAGCGUUGCAAAAUUACCUUUUAUUUGUCGCCGCCAGAGAUUGUUCGAUAUUAAUAACCUUCCGCGAAUUGCAUCCGAAAUAUGCAUCAAGAAUGCCUGUGGAAAAUAUUAUAAAACUUUCAGAUCAACAUUAUUUUUUAAGCAACGUCAGAGUUUCCGAUUUCGACCCAAAAAGCGUUCAUUCCAUCAAAAAACAUCGACAACGAGAUGUGGAUAUUUUUGAUUCUGUGAUUUCUUUGCUAAAAGAAAAUAUUCUUUUUACGAAUAGAUAAUUAUCUGAGAAAAGUGAUACUAGUAACUAUAUAGUAUUUAAUAUUAACGAUAAUGAAUCUAUUUAGCACAGAGGCAACGUUAACUUAAUUAACGAUAUGUUUACCGAUUAUGAAGAAUGUGAUUCUUAUGCGAAUAUAUCUCUGUGCGGCGUUCCGUAGAUUGCAAGAAAGAUAUUGCUGUUAUCAUUCGUCAAUUAGUGUGUUAAAUUGAAUAUCACUUCCACAUGUAUAAUAUAUAAAAUUAUAUAGAUAAGCGAUCU